CCACUGCAACGACAGCUGCAGAGCCUUCUCCAGCCGCGUCCUGCUGCCGGGUUCCUCGGGCCUCACGUUCCGCUCGCUGCGCCACCCGCCGCCAUGGCCAAGCCCCUGACCGACCAGGAGAAGCGGCGGCAGAUCAGCAUCCGCGGUAUCGUGGGCGUGGAAAAUGUGGCGGAGCUGAAAAAGGGCUUCAACCGGCACCUACACUUCACGCUGGUCAAGGACCGCAAUGUGGCCACCACCCGCGACUAUUUUUUCGCGCUGGCUCACACAGUACGCGACCACCUGGUGGGGCGCUGGAUUCGAACGCAGCAGUACUACUACGAGAAGUGCCCCAAGAGGGUUUAUUACCUUUCUUUGGAGUUUUACAUGGGCCGAACGUUACAGAACACCAUGAUCAACCUCGGCCUGCAGAAUGCCUGUGAUGAGGCCAUUUACCAGCUUGGAUUGGAUAUAGAGGAGUUAGAAGAAGUGGAAGAAGAUGCUGGGCUUGGCAAUGGUGGUCUUGGGAGGCUUGCUGCCUGCUUCUUGGAUUCCAUGGCAACCCUGGGACUUGCAGCCUAUGGCUAUGGCAUUCGAUACGAGUAUGGAAUCUUCAAUCAGAAGAUCCAAGAUGGAUGGCAGGUAGAAGAAGCAGAUGAUUGGCUCAGGUAUGGAAACCCGUGGGAGAAGGCCCGCCCCGAGUUCAUGCUGCCUGUGCACUUCUAUGGAAGAGUAGAGCACAGCGAGGCUGGGACCAAGUGGAUCGACACCCAGGUGGUCCUGGCCCUGCCAUAUGAUACCCCAGUGCCCGGGUACAUGAACAACACCGUCAACACCAUGCGCCUCUGGUCUGCUCGGGCCCCCAAUGACUUUAACCUCCAAGACUUUAACAUUGGAGACUACAUUCAGGCCGUGCUGGACCGAAACCUGGCUGAAAACAUCUCCCGGGUCCUCUAUCCCAAUGAUAAUUUUUUUGAAGGGAAGGAGCUAAGACUGAAGCAGGAGUACUUUGUGGUGGCUGCCACCUUGCAAGAUGUCAUCCGACGUUUCAAAGCCUCCAAGUUUGGCUCCACGGACAGUGCCAUAACCGCAUUCGAUGCCUUUCCAGAUCAGGUUGCCAUCCAGCUGAACGACACUCACCCUGCUCUCGCCAUUCCUGAGCUGAUGAGGAUUUUUGUGGAUAUUGAAAAAUUGCCCUGGCCCAAGGCGUGGGACAUCACCCAGAAGACCUUUGCGUACACCAACCACACGGUGCUCCCAGAAGCCCUGGAGCGCUGGCCUGUACAGCUGGUGGAGAAGCUGCUUCCUCGACACUUGGAAAUCAUUUAUGAGAUAAAUCAGAACCAUUUAGAUAAAAUUGCAGCCUUGUUUCCUAAGGACGUUGACCGCCUGAGAAGGAUGUCUCUGAUAGAAGAGGAAGGAGGCAAAAGGAUCAACAUGGCCCAUCUCUGCAUUGUGGGCUCCCAUGCUGUCAAUGGCGUGGCUAAAAUCCACUCGGACAUCGUGAAGACCCAAGUAUUCAAGGACUUCAGUGAGCUAGAACCACAUAAGUUUCAAAAUAAAACCAAUGGGAUCACUCCAAGGCGCUGGCUCCUACUCUGCAACCCGGGGCUUGCAGAGUUAAUAGCAGAGAAAAUUGGGGAAGACUACGUGAAAGACUUGAGCCAGCUGAGGAAGCUGCACAACUUCCUGGGUGAUGACGUCUUUCUCCGGGAAAUUUCCAAUGUGAAGCAGGAGAACAAGCUGAAGUUUUCUCAGUUCCUGGAGAAGGAGUACAAAGUGAAGAUCAACCCUUCCUCCAUGUUUGACGUGCAGGUGAAGAGGAUCCACGAAUACAAGCGGCAGCUCUUGAACUGCCUGCACGUGAUCACGAUGUACAACCGCAUCAAGAAAGACCCUAAGAAGUUAUUCGUGCCCAGAACAGUUAUAAUUGGAGGCAAAGCUGCCCCAGGAUAUCACAUGGCCAAACUGAUCAUAAAGCUGAUCACUUCCGUGGCAGAUGUGGUGAACAACGACCCCAUUAUUGGAAACAAGUUGAAAGUCAUCUUCCUGGAGAACUACAGAGUGUCUCUUGCUGAAAAAGUCAUUCCAGCCACAGACCUGUCGGAGCAGAUUUCCACUGCAGGCACUGAAGCCUCAGGGACAGGCAAUAUGAAGUUCAUGCUGAAUGGGGCUCUGACCAUCGGGACCAUGGAUGGGGCCAACGUGGAAAUGGCAGAGGAAGCUGGGGAAGAGAACCUGUUCAUCUUUGGCAUGAGAGUGGAUGAUGUGACUGCUUUGGACAAGAAAGGGUACAAAGCAAAAGAAUAUUACGAGGCACUUCCAGAGCUGAAGCUGGCCAUUGAUCAAAUUGACAAUGGCUUCUAUUCUCCCAAGCAGCCUGACCUCUUCAAAGACUUAAUCAACAUGCUGUUUUAUCAUGACAGGUUUAAAGUGUUUGCAGACUAUGAAGCGUAUGUCAAGUGUCAAGAAAAAGUCAGUCAGCUUUACAUGAAUCCGAAGGCCUGGAACAUAAUGGUCCUCAAGAACAUAGCCGCCUCGGGGAAGUUCUCCAGUGACCGCACGAUCAAGGAGUACGCCAGGGACAUCUGGAACAUGGAGCCUUCGGAUCUAAAGAUUUCCUUAUCUAAUGAAGUUAGCAAUGAGGUGUACAAAGCUAAUGGAAAGGAACAUACAAGUCAGCUCUGCCAAGAGUGGGAGGAGGAAAAAAUACAUGUUCUCACAGACAUCGGCUUCACCACCAUCCCACAUGGGAAGGCAGAAAGAGGGGUGCAGACCUAAAAACGAAUAGGCAUCACCAUCCCAGGCGAAACUGUAUCCAGCCCCCACCACUCCACCAGUCCACUCUGAGAAGACAGUGAGUGAAGGAGGGAGGAGCUUCCUGUCUGAAAUGGGGAGUGAGGAUGAAGAAGGGGCUGGGCCCGGCAGGAUCCUGCACCCCACUAAUACUGUUAAAUCAGGAAAGAGCUGAGGUGGGAGCAGGCACGUGAGAGGAGAGAUCAGGCCCUGUGUCAGUAACUGGACAAGCUGCCCGGUCACCUGCAGCAAAAAAUGACCCAGCUGGAAUGUGGGAGAGGAUACACAGUGAGCCUGCUUGACCAGCUCUGACUCAGAAGUCGGAGAUGGUGAAGUGGGAAGCCGGCCAUUGCCCUCACAGUUGGAAAUGCAGGGGCUGCCCCAACAAACUGCAGUCAUGUAGCAGGCUCAUGACCACCGUCCCACCCUGCAGCGAAGUGUGGCCACCUUCCCGCCGUGCAGAACCUUUUAUGGAGCUGAAGCCAGGGCCUGGAUGACUUUUAAAAAUAGACAUUCUAGGUCUUUAUUCUAUAUCACAAAAAGGGUCAUUUCUGUAGGAGUGAUUGUAUCCUCUUCACACUUAAUGUAUCCUCUCAACCCAGCCCACAGCCCUUGGAAAAAGCAAAUAAAUGGACCUUCAAUUCCAUAUGCUAAUGAAGGUACUAAAUUCAUGAACGUGUUCUGGGACUCACAGAUGUUCACAGCUAUGCUGAUCCCCACAGUCAAAGCAGGAAGAAAGUCCACCCAUGGGAGCCUGGGCCCCAGACACCAAACCCACCUUGGGGAGCUCUCAGGACAUAACCACGCUGAAGACUGAGGAUGAUCUUAAGGCCGCAGCCCAGAAGAGAAUAAAUGGAGACAUAAAAUCAGUGCCUUGUGGCCCCUUCAGACAUACCUGUACUAGAUUAAGCC